AUGUCUUUAUUUGAAGUUGAAGGAUGGGGUCUAGAGGGCAAAAAAGUGGUUGAGGCAAAGUCCAAGCCGAAACCCAAGUCCAAGCCAGACUCCAAGAAGGUUUCAGAGAAGCCUCAGCGGCAAGAUAAGCGCAAGGACGACAAAGAGAGAGCCAGACCUAAAAAAUUUGACAGAACUGACAAAACUGAUAAAACUGAAGAGCAGAAACCGGCUUCUGUUAAGCCAGCUGCUCAGAAACCACAGAACCCCGCUCAAGAUAACCAAUUUGCCUCCACUGCUAAUCUCACACCGUUGCAGCGGAAGAUGAUGGCCAAGCUGGCCGGGUCCAGAUUUAGAUGGAUUAACGAGCAGCUCUACACGAUCAGAUCGGAAGAUGCUUUGAAACUUAUCGAGACCCAACCCGAGCUGUUUGAAGAGUACCAUGAAGGGUUCAGAUCACAGGUGCAGUCCUGGCCAGAGAAUCCAGUGGACGUUUUCGUGAACCAGAUCAAAACCAAAGCUACCACCAGAUACGUUAAUGCUCCUGGGGGUCUUCCAGGACUGGCUGACAAGAAAGUUGUUAUUGCAGAUAUGGGCUGCGGAGAAGCUCAGUUGGCCAAGGACGUGGCCAAAUUCAUGUCUACAGGCAAGAAGACGAAGAAGAUCAACAUUCAAGUGCAUUCUUUCGAUCUGAAAAAGGCCAACAAUAGAGUCACUGUGGCCGAUAUCAAGAGCAUUCCGCUCCCAGAUGGAUCAUGUACGGUUGUGAUAUUCUGUCUGGCUUUAAUGGGUACAAAUUUUCUUGACUUUAUUAACGAAGCUUACAGACUUCUUGCUCCAAGAGGAGAGUUAUGGAUCGCAGAGAUCAAGUCGCGGUUCAGCGACGAGAAGGGCGAUGAGUUCAUCAAUGCUUUGAAGAAUUUGGGCUUUUUCCACAAGUCCACCGACGACUCCAACAAGAUGUUUACGAGAUUUGAAUUUUUCAAGCCUCCGCCAGACAUUCUGGCUGAAAGACGGGCAAAGGAAGAGAAGAAGCGGAAAUUUGUUGAGAAAGAGGAUAAACUCGAAGUUUUGGAGAAAAAGAGACAGAAAGCUCCUGAAGGAGAAUGGCUCUUAAAGCCUUGUAUUUAUAAGAGACGCUAA